UUUUCCCAAACUCUUCAGUCGCCUCCACCUUCAACCCUAAGGCGACGGCCAAGCUCUACGGGUUCUCCCCGAACGCCAAUAGUUCCGAGACGUCGAGGGCCAACCGACAGAGUAAAACCAAAUCCAUGCUGAUCAUGCAGGAUGCCAACGAAUACACACUGGACUCGCAGGACAAGGAGGCUGAAGGUCCAGCCGAGAGCAAGCUGGAGAUCAGUUCAACACUCCCCAAGCCACAAAAACCAGCCCGAAAGAGCAACCCCUGUUCCAGUCGAAAUCCGAGGAGAGCAAGGGAUCAAGCACGUUUGAUUCGAACAUGCUUUCCAAAACGCGUCCUUUUCUAUACAAGGAGGGAAAAAGUGAAGUGGACGCAGACUUGUCCCUCCAGCAGCUCUCUACAGACAGAGCUUCUGAUUCCAACAGCAAUCGGUACGGUUUCCAAGGUGCUGGAAUAGGAUACGGGAGGAACAGAGCCGAGGAGGAGACUAAACCCUCUGCAAUGCUGGAUUCCGAACGUGAUGUACCGGGGUUUCCAUACUCCAAGCAGUUGGAUGAUGAGGUGGUUAAUAAGGACAAACAUUUCGAUGCAGCUCUAAGCACUCCCAAGUCGCCUUAUUCCUCUACGGAACUGACGCCCUCUGACACGUGGAAGAGUACUAACUCACGUUCACCACUGGACUUGCUUAUGGCCGCCAAACAGAGAGAUGCUAAAAGGAAGAGUCAAGUUCAACAAGAGAACAAAGGAUUUCAAAACCACAUCAAUUCAGAGGCCCCAGGAGGCACUCAGUACAAUAAGGCAGCGAUCACAAACACCUUCCGCGUCACACCGUAUCACACGGAGCAGAAAUUGACUUCCUCGGUUUUGGUAAAGCCUGAGUUCAACGCGAUAUCUCACAGAACUGAAGAACGAGAGAUGGCCAAGCGAGACAUGGAGACACCCCUGUUUUUGAUCCCGCCGCCGCCAUCGUUCAGCGACGAAGGGAGUGAGGACUUCUCGUUCAAACCUCUGCCGCCUCCCUUGGAGUUUUCUAACCGCGAGGAUGACGGAGUCUCUCCUUCCCAACCGCAAGCCAAAGUAAACGGUAGAAUGGCGAUUGGCAGGCCACCUGUUGAUUACCACUCGACUCCUAACCAUUACAACGGCCCAACCGACGGAAAGUCCUACUCACCCUAUCAGCGAACGACCAGUGUCGGAUCCUUGUCCUCGCUUGCCAUGAGUUCGGACAAAACGAGACCGUUGCUGGCCACAAAGCCCACGUUUGUCCCGAGCAGAGGAUCUCCACUACUCUCCAAUUCAUCCCCUCCCCAUUCACUGCCGAUGGGUAAAGCAUACGCGCAGAACACGCCAAAGAUGGACCAUCAGUCUACUCAGCCGUCCGCAGACAAACUGGGAGGGGAGAGCAGAGUUAUUGCUGAACUGCAGUCUCACGUAGACACCAAUUCUACCCAGGAUUUGAAAGGCUCUCAGCGUCCCCAACAUCUUUCAUACGGUAGAACGUUCACAGUCCGUCCUGGUGCAAAGCAACCCAUAUCCUGGAACUGAACGAGGAGAUGGUUUAUACCUCUCUUUUUAUAUAUAAAACAACAAAGCCUUUUCACAAGGUACAGACUGAAUCCAACUCAAUCAACCUUGGUGAGGAACAUCAACCCUGCAUUUAUUUCCAGGAAACAACCUUCUCAGCUACUGAACUUCCACAAACCGCUCCCCUUUGCUUGACCGCAGCAGCACUUGUUACAGGUACACAAAUACCCCAAAUGCUCAAUGUUCUGGACAGAGGCUUCAAAGGCACCAAAUCGCAUGUUGGAAUCCAUUUGUUGGUUAUGUUUAUACACUCGUCAGACUUUGUUUUUAACGAGUAUGCCUGUUUGAAUUUUAAAAAAGCUUCUUCAAAGGUGAUUUUGUUAGAAUCAGUGGUUCUGCGUUGCACAACAUUGCAGCAACAUAGUUCCAAUUCCAUUUCAACCUGUUUUUAAAAUCCAUCUUGAUUUCCUGCUGCCUGCAGCAUGAGCCUGUAUGAGAAAAUUCAGCGGCUUUCCUUGGCCUUCUUUUGCUCUCCUCUCACUGCCGCCUCCUCUCUGCAUCAUGACAUUAUACAAGCUUUCCUUCCGACGCCUCUUUAAGAAUUUAAUCAAAAUAAUUGUGGCGAGCUGGUUGCAGCAGAAUUAUUAAACGAAACGUGGAACAGUGUUUGAUUUUGUUUUCCAUUGGAAGAAUUGUUACAUGUGUGGGUGCGUGUAUGUGUCUGUGUGUGUAUGUGUGUGUGUGUACAUAUAUAUUUUGUGUACACAGUAUAUCUCAACUAUUUUGAUGCUGGAAAUCAGUUCAGUUUCCUCUUUAAGUUGUGAUGGACAGUUAGUAAGUGAGCCUGUUGUUACUCAAUAUCAAACAAUCUCUGGAAUGGUCAUAGGAUUGAUUUCAGUCUUCAGACUUGUGGUUGACAAACACUGACCUAUAUGAUAUCUCUGUCCUACCAGUUGGAAUAUGAUAUACUCUUCUUAAAGUACUGAUUUACUUGGAAUAAAGUAACUUUAUUAUAACACAUUGGAUCUAAUUAUAUGAUCCUCCGUAUCCAAACCUGCCAAAGUAAUCUGCUCUUUUUAUGCUCUGUAUUGUAACUCCUGUGUAACAAUCAGAAUGUAGAUCUCUUCUUUGCGGGAGAAAGAGAUCAAUGAAGAAUGCUUAGCUGGCUAUUUUGUAAUUUACUAGGUUGAAUGUGAGAAAUUAAAUACUGUAUUUGUGUGUGUAUAUAUUUUAUAUAUAUAUAUACACACACACGCAAGGCAUUCAAUUUUUGAAUGAACUGAAUUCAGGUUAAAGUUUAAGGUACAAGAUUUUAAAUUGCGAAGAGGAUUUUGAACAAGUAGCCCUAAUGUGUAUAUUUCUUUCCCUCUUGUAAUAUAUACAACCAAAGUCUCUGUGUUGUUCAAUUUGGUUUUAAUGUCCAAACAAUAAAGAAAAACUCUGUAUUGUAAA